AUAUUACGAUAAAAAUACACAUAAAUGUAAUAUUAUUUUUAUAGCCGUGUAAGUACGUUUCUGUUGCUGUUUUCUACAACUUUAUUUCAUUCAACAUAUUUGAACUCACCACGACGAAAUGUUAACCAUCAGUUACAGAAACAAGUAAAUAAUGGAAAGUGCACCUUUUAAUACGUUAUUGUACAGCAUUGCAUUUUACGCAGAUGUAGACGAAAACGUACGAUGGAAAGCCAGAAAUGUAAGCUCCUUGUCGUAUAUAUCUCACGAAACAUUAAUUUAUUUAACAUCAGAUGAACGACUUAUAUUUUUGGUAGUUUACCUGUUUUUAUUUAGCGUUACACUUGGAGGAAAUAUUGCUGCUAUAAUAGCAACGUGGCAAAGUAACCACCGUUUCCUUCAAAAAACUUGUACAGUAACGUUAGCAAUUAGUGACUUAAUUACGGGAACUGUUAUAGUUGUUUACAGUUUCGACAAUUUUGUUCAUCCGUACGUGACGUGGGAUUUGGGCAAACUUAUGUGCCAUUUUGUGCCUGUUUUAAAAACUUUCGGUAGUCUUAGUAGUUGCAUCGCUAUCGUUGUCAUUGCGCUAGAUCGAUAUCGUAAUGUUGCCAGAAAUCGGAAAUGUGAUCCACCAAAAUGGAUCUGUAUUUUCACUGUAAUCAUCAUAUGGAUACUGUGUGCGGGUAUUUCUUAUCCCAUCUACGACCUCUUUCAACAUGGAUUUUUUUAUAUGGACUAUUCGAACGGAAAAGACCCAGACAUUUCUGUCGCCUACAUUUGCGUCGCAAUGGAAAAAGAAAAACUGAUGAUAUACAAUUUGUGUAUAACGAUCCUUAUUUUUUUGCCAUUGAUAAUAAUUUUUUGUUGGCUCUACAUGAAGAUCGCGGUCAUCGUGUGGAAACAUAGAAAACUCAUUACAAACAUUCCCAAAAGAUACGAAACGUCGAAUGCAGAAAAUUCUACGACACAAACGAGCUUAAACGAAGUAACAACUGCUUCCAAAUCCUCCAAUCCGCACGUAGAACUGAUGAUUAAAAUGAAAAGAACGCGGGCAGAAAGAAAAGUACGGACCUUUAAAAUCAUCGUAGUCCUGGUAUUUGCUUUUGUAAGUUGCAGACUUCCCUAUCACAUUUUCGACACGUUAAGAACCGUGAAAACGUUGAACGAACACAAGCAUUGGAUUAUGAGAUAUGCAUUCAACGCAAUCAGUUUGUUAAGUUGCGCUCUAAAUCCGCUCCUGUAUACUUUUUUAAACCAAACCAUAAAGGCAUGGAAGAAAAGUUUCAACGCCGUAGAAGAUUUCCUUUGCAAAAUAUGUUGCUGUUUCUGUUCGAACGACGAGUUUGACGAGUUCGAAAAUGGAAAACCCUUUAUCGUGGGCACUUACGAAAAAAAUACAAACUUUUCAAAAAGUACGUCGUACAGCAAAGUUUCGAGAAUUAGGGCCAAAGACCACAGAACUCACUUGCCGGCAAAUGCCCAUGAAAUUUUCAACAAUAAAAAAACAUACUAUUGAAAAAAUAUAAUAUCUACAUAUCUACCAGUGUACAAAUUUGUUUUAUCGAUCGAUGAUCAAUACAUAGCGUUUUGGACUACAAGGCAUAGUAGAUAAACCACCCAGCAAUGGUUACACCAUCAGCAGAUGGACUUACGUGUAUCAUUGAUAACGUUCAACUUUGGGUGGGUCUCACUAGAAGGAAGAUGCAAACAUAAAUAUGUGACCAGAUCUCAGAUCUCUCUCUCUUUUUUGUGUUUGGUUUACACAUAACGAUAAUCCAAAAUGUAGAACUAAACUAAUGCUGUCCUAAUUCGGGUCUAAAGGCCGUCGUAGAUUAGAGUUCACAUCCAGCAUCGGAGAUGGAACGAUCUCUGAAGAAGCCCGCCACUCAUGCUAGUGAAACGUUUGGAAGCAACUCCAACCGACAACGGCCUUUAGACCUUAAUCAGGAGAUCAUUAGUUCACCUACGGGCUGGGGAAGUCUUCACCAAUUUGUCGCAGAAUUUAUCCAAAUAUUCGAGUAUAUUGUACAAUAACGUGUGUCGCUGCGUAGUUGUUGGUGGAUUGUAUUUAUCAAUUUUGUUGUCCAAUUGUUCUUUCAUCAUCAACAUAGGGUCUUCAGUUC